UGGCACCUCUGGCUGACUGCUGUUGGAAACGGAAUGCAAGCGAGGGUGCAACUGAAAGAUGCCUGAUAAGCAAAUCUCCAUUGCUACUCCCUUGAAUGGUGCCAGCAUGGAGAUUCUUUUAGCCACUCUGCUACUCCUUCUGCCAGUCAGCUGGGCUGCACCACAGGAUGGCAGUAAGAGGCCAGAGACCCCCAGUGAUUCAAAGGAUCAUCCCAUCCUUAACCCUCUGCAUCCAGGGAAGGAGAAUGUGAGGAUGCUCCAAGACUACUUGAAGAUGGUUGGUCAGGUUGAGAGGGACGCUGAUGCCAUGACAAGGGAACAAGCUCUCUUGCUUCUCUUUGCUCUUCACGACUAUGACAAGAGUGGGAGACUGGACGGCCUUGAAUUCAUGCGGCUACUGAGUGAGCUGGCGGCAAAACAGGCCAAAAGGCAGCCCUUACCUGACCUGGUGGUGCUGAUGGUGGACAGCAUCUUGGAGACACAGGACUUGAACAGGGAUGGGUGGCUGGAGCCUUCUGAGCUGUUUCUUGGCUCCUGGCAGGAUCAGUCCCCGGUGCUGCUUGCUGCCCCCAGUGGAGGAGAUGAGGCAGUGUUGUGGGCCUCUCCAGAGUCAGAUGGACAAAGCAUCGGGCUCUUAGACCUCCCAGAUCAGCAAGGUACAGCAGAGCCCCCAGCUGCCCCAGGGACCUUUCAGGGGCAGGGAGUUAUGGAGGCCCCUUCGCUGAGCACUGCAGCAGAAAUGCACAAAGGGGAUCCUGGGCAGGAAGCACCAUUGGACACACAGGGACAAGAGGCUGAGAUGCCUCCUGCUUCUGGAAACUGAUACAUACCCUGCUCAGAAGAAGACGAUGCCCAGUGGGUGGCUUGGGCCUAUGGACGAAGGAGCAAAACUAUCCCAGGAACUUUCUUAGAAGGGGAAGGGGCUGCAGGCAGGUGGUGAGCUGGAACUGAAAAAUCCCCACAGUCCUGCAGUCUCCAGUCCUUUCCAGCUGGCUCUGACUUGCUGCAGCUUCCUGUUGCAUCCAUUCCUCUGGAACAGAUUUCUCUCCUAGUCCUCUGCACAUUCUGCAGUUCUGGAGCUCUGCACACACAUCCUUGUUCACCUUGCUUGCUCCAGCUACCACCCAAUUCAAAAUGGCAAUGGAGAGCCAAACUAUAAGUGACAGCAGCUAUAGGAUGGACCUGUGGCUACAGCAGCCGUCAUUCUUUAAAAAUUGCCAUGGGGCCCUGAUCUAGAACAUGUACAGAGCCCCAGGAGCUCUCAGCACUGCCCCCCCAGGUAUGUUCAGGCAAUGGAAGGGCUGUUUGGGCACCUGAAAAGGGUGAGGGAGGGAACAUGGGCUCUUGGGGCUGUAAUGAAUAUGAUCCUAAUUGGGGCCCCACCACAAUUUAUAAUGAACUACAGCUGCUUUUAAAAUGGCAUUGGUGGCCACGGGAUGGGCCUGUGACUGCUGUCACUUGUAGUUUGGCCAUCAUUAAGUUCUCAGGCUAGAGCAACUUCAUGUUCUUCCUCAGCUCUUGACCCAAAUAAAGUCCACCUGGAUGGUUGAUUA